UCUUAUCAUCUAUUUGUCGGCAGCCCGACGUGAUGUGUCACUAAUUUUAGUUUACACCUAGACAAACGUGAUUUACGACAUUUAAGCUUACAUUAUUUACUAAAUACGUUUUGGUCUGCUGUGUUUACCGUUACUAAUAUUUAUUUUUGUUCACAUUUACUCCUUUGUUACCCAUCGUCAUUACUUGUGAGUCAUUCCAGAAAUAAAUUCAAGUUUUAUGCUACGUCUUCAGUAUAUCUCAUUACGAAUUACAGUUGCUUUAUUGCUACCAGUUUCAUGUUUAUACUUAUUGAAUAAAAAUGUUACUCAAAUUAUUGAAAAUUAUAUCUUUAAUAAAUUUUACGUAUUUGACAAUUAAAAUGAUGUCUAUUGUUUAAAGAAUGCAAGAAAAUGAAUCUAAAGAUAUUGUUGAAAGCCAUUUUAAAGCGACCGAAGCGGUGAGAAACAUUUUAAAAAAACAACUGCUUUCAGCUGACAUAUUUCAACAAACUUUUCUAUCGACAAUAUUAUCUGCUUUGGAUAAUUCAUCAAUUAAUAAUGAUACUGUAACCAACACUUGGCUAGACACACUGCUUGAUUUUAUUGAAUUCUUACCUUCAGAUUAUUUACAAAAUGAAAUUUUACCAUUUGCAAUCGAGCGAAGUGAAAUUUCUAAGCCAGAAUCAUUACGUUUAAUAAGUUGCCGAAUUUUUGGCUCUCUUGCUACAAAAUUAAAUAAAUUUGUAAUUAAACGUGAAAUAUGGCCAUGUAUUUUAUCAUUAUGUCAAGAUGAAAGUGUUUUAGUUAGAAAAACAGUAUGUCAAGAAUUAAGUAAGAUUAUAGGAUUUCUGAAAGAAAGUGCGGAUGAUAGAAAUGAAUGUAUCUUGCUGCCAGCUAUUGUAGACUUGGCCAAUAAUGCUGAUUUUAAAAUAAAAGUAGCUAUGCUCGAAGUGAUGAAAGAUAUCAUUAUAUGUUUUCCCAGAGAAAUUAAUAUAACAAUUGUUCUUCCAAUGAUAAAGAAGUUAAUCAAUAUUGAUUCAAAUAGUGAUUUGUCAUUAGUAAUAAGUGUUUCGAAAAAUAUAGGUAUCAUUUGUCAAAGAAUGAAAGAAUAUAUUGACCUGAAUGAUAUCACAUGGUUUGUAAAUAAAUUUAAAGAAUUAUUGGAGUUAGACUUGAGCCCAGUUGCAUUACCAAACAUCAACGAUAACUCUGUUAGUGAAAGAUUAUGCACAAAUGUAUUGAUACGUAAACUAUGCGCUAACAGUUUACAAGAUAUUAUCAUGUUAAUAUCAUCAGAUAAAGGUAGCACUACAUUACUAAUAUAUUUACUAAAUUAUUUAGUUGAUCUUGUAACUGAUGAAUUCAUUGAUAUUCGAGUUGCUUUAGCAAGUAUUGUAAAAAAGAUCUUGAUUUUGUUGAAUGAAAAAGUAGUUCUAAUCUCUACUGUAUUAAUGAAAAUGUUAACUGAAAGGAAUACUCAGGUUUUAAAAAUCAUUGUACCAAAUCUAAGUUUUAUUAUAAUGAAAAUGAAAUAUCAAGAACAAGUAUUGAAAUCAUUAAUGCUUUUAGAAGAAUAUCUAAGUGCACAAUAUAAUUGGAGACUUUAUGUAGAAUUUUUACAUCAGAUUAUGGUAUUACCAGUAUGUUAUUCAUCAGAUUUAGUUUUUAUUGUUGGUAAAAUUAUGUCGGAUAGACUUAAUACUGUUAGACAGAAGCCAGUAAAGGAAGCUAUUUAUUCACUACUAUUGACUUUUUUGCGUUACAAUCUUGAUUCUAAUCAAAGGAUUUUAUUACGACAACAUCUGAUUGAUAAAACUGCCACAAAUUCAAACUUUUAUAAUAGAAUCUUUUACAUUUUUAUAUGUCAAGAAGCCAUGAGUAUAUUUUCAUCAGCCUACUUCAAAAAAUAUUUCUUAAAUUCAUUAUUGUUAUUAGUUGAUGACCAAGUGUCCAAUGUUAGAUAUGGUUUAUGUGAGAUUAUGCCUAGUGUAGUAAAAAUGAUUUCUUCUUCUGAAAGUGAUAGAAACUUGUUUAACCGUUUAUAUGGAGUUGUAAAUAAACUGAAAAUGGAUGAAGAUCUUUCAAUUCAAGAUCACAGAAUAACUUUGGAAAGUUGUUGUGAUUCCAUAACAUAUAUUAUUCAGGGAAAGAAAACUAUGUGUACACCAUCUGAUGAAGAUAUAUUGAAAUGUAGAGAAGAAUCUCGUUUAUUGCUCAUGAAAUCUAGUGAACGUAUUCGUUUGGAAAAUAAUGGAAUAUUUUUGAAAUGUUUAAUUGAGGAAAAAUUGUCACAUAGUGAAAUAGAAGAAGAAAAUUUAAUAUUAUUGAAUAAAGAUGAAAAAAUAUCAAGGACCAAAAAAAUAUUCAUGUUGGAGUCAGAAUUUAUAAAAGAUACCGGUGUUUCCAUGAAUAAAAUGAUUGAACAUUCAUCUAAAAUUCCCACAGCAGUUUUUCAAACAGUCAAUGAUUCUCAGUUCAACAGACUACAUAAAGAAAAAACUUCUUAUUUACCUGUGAAAAAUUGUAGAGUAGUUUCUUCUGUUAGUAGUUUUCAAAAUAAAGCAAGCUUCAAUGAUCAACAAGUUGUUAUACGUGAAAGAAGUGUUAUUAAAAGAUCUGCUUAUAAUAACCGCAGCAAACGGUUAAGUGUUCCUUCAAUGGUGACUUCUAAUAUAAAUCUUACCAAAGAUACAAAUGGAAAUCUGGUCAAACAAAUAUUAAAAAGACCUCAAUCAUGCUGUGUAGAAAGUAAUAAUUCCAGUAAAGCAGGAAAAAAAUCUGAAAAAUCAUUAUCAGAUGAAACUUUAGAUAAGACCUACAAAAAACAACCCUUAAGUAGACUUCCAAUUAGAAAAUCACAAGGAAAAUAAUAUCUAGUCUUCCAAUAGAUUAAAUUGAUAUUGUUGACCUUAUACUAAAAUAAAUUAAUAAAAAAAAAACUGUGAUAAUUAAUCAGUAUACGCAUAAUUUUUUGUUGUUAUUUUAUAUUUUUAGUAAAAGAAUUUCACUUCAUUAAUACAUAUAAAUCAAUAAUUUUUAACUUUGCAGUAUUUAGUGUUUAUUGAAAAUUAUUUUAAUUAAUUAUCCAAUAAUUAUAAAAUUGCUAAGUAAAGACACAGAUUAUUUUUAUGAAAUGUUGAAG